AUGGAGUAUGUGGACGAUAGAGGUAACUGGAGAUGGGACAAUUUUCAUGGUCUUUUCCCUUCAUCUGUUAUCAUGCAAAUAGCUGGGAUUGCACCGCCAAGAGAGCAAGCGGGAGCGGACCGUAUGAUAUGGGUUGCCUCUCAUGAUGGAGACUUUUCUACACGAACUGCGUACAGAGCCUUAGCCCCGCAACCGAGGGACCCGGACCGCGUGUUAUGGAAAUUGAUAUGGCGUACUCAAGUACCACAACGUGUCCGCUCUUUCCUAUGGUUGACAGCUCACGAUCGGUUACUGACCAACAAAGAGAGAUUCCGACGACACCUCUCCGCAUCGGCAGAGUAUGAGGCUUGUGGAGCUAGUGAGUCUACGCUACACGUGUUGCGAGACUGCCCCUGCGCAAAACAAAUGUGGCACCGGCUCCUGCCGCCGUGUACUGCUCAUGCUUUUUUCCAGCAGGCGCUUAGAACAUGGCUGCGGAGCAAUUUAAGCGGGUCGCCGCGAGGUCCUGACAAGCACUGGAGCAGUAGGUUUGCGUUUGGGAUUUGGUGUUCCUGGAAAUGGCGGAAUGAACGGACAUUUGAGAACCGUCUAAUGGGUAGUGAGCCUGGAGCUCUGGAAAUUCUUCGAAGAACGGACUCUUAUGUGAAGGCGGCUGUGGCUUACUCGCGAGCGGAGUAUGAGGCUUGUGGAGCUAGUGAGUCUAUGCUACACGUGUUGCGAGACUGCCCCUGCGCAAAACAAAUGUGGCACCGACUCCUGCCGCCGUGUACUGCUCAUGCUUUUCUCCAACAGGCGCUUAGAACAUGGCUGCAGAGAAAUUUAAGCGGGUCGCCGCGAGGUCCUGACAAGCACUGGAGCAGUAGGUUUGCGUUUGGGAUUUUGUGUUCCUGGAAAUGGCGGAAUGAACGGACAUUUGAGAACCGUCUAAUGGGUAGUGAGGCUGGAGCUCUGGAAAUUCUUCGAAGAAUGGACUCUUAUGUGAAGACGGUUGUGGCUUACUCGCGAGCGGUCAGUAGAAAGCUGAUGUGGUAA